CGACCUCUCAUUCCGGUACCCCACCCCCAGUAACCCCCCCUCCCCCGCCUGACCCCAGGUGAUCACGUAGCAGACAACAAGAAAGGGGGUGUCGAGCCUGCCCAGUGGUUUGUCAGUGUGAUGCCACCUCACUUGGUACUACCCUUCAGGCGUCUCGUCUGGUCCUUGGCCUCCAGUCAGCUGAUUCCCAGAAGACACACGGGACAUAGCCUCCUGCCUACCACUUCAGAGGCCCACACAGAUGGGAGUGCCCCGGUGUUCAUCCGGGCCCUGGCCUUUGGGGACAGGAUCGCCCUUAUUGACAAAUAUGGCCGUCACACCUACAGGGAACUGUAUGACCGCAGUCUUUGCCUGGCCCAGGAGAUCUGCAGGGUUCGGGGUUGUAAGGUUGGGGACCUCCAGGAAGAGAGGGUCUCCUUCCUGUGCUCCAAUGACGUCUCCUAUGUUGUAGCGCAGUGGGCCUCCUGGAUGAGUGGUGGUAUUGCUGUCCCACUGUACUGGAAGCACCCUGAGGCCCAGCUGGAGUAUUUCAUCCAGGACUCCCGGAGCUCUGUAAUUGUGGUAGGCCAGGAGUACGUGGAGCGGCUAAGUCCACUGGCUCAGAGGCUGGGAGUCCCUCUUCUGCCUCUCACGCCUGCCAUCUACCGUGGAACAGCAGAGAAGCCCACAGAGCUGCCAGUUCAAGAGAGGGAGUGGCGUGACCGUGGUGCUAUAAUCUUCUACACCAGCGGGACCACGGGGCGGCCCAAGGGUGCACUGAGCACCCACCGUAACCUAGCCGCUGUGGUGACAGGGCUGGUCCACUCAUGGGCAUGGACAAAAAAUGAUGCGAUCCUUCACAUCCUCCCACUGCACCAUGUCCAUGGCGUGGUCAACAAGCUGCUCUGUCCACUCUGGGUAGGAGCCACCUGUGUCAUGCUGCCGGAGUUCAGUGCUCAGCAGGUUUGGGAAAAGUUCUUGAGUUCUGAAGCUCCACAGAUUAACGUAUUCAUGGCAGUGCCCACAGUCUACAGCAAGCUGCUGGAUUACUAUGACAAGCAUUUCACGCAGCCUCAUGUCCAGGAUUUUGUGCGUGCAGUUUGUAAGGAAAGAAUUAGGCUGAUGGUGUCAGGCUCAGCUGCUCUGCCUGUCCCACUGCUGGAGAAAUGGAGGAGCACCACGGGCCACACACUGCUGGAGCGCUACGGCAUGACAGAGAUCGGCAUGGCCUUCUCCAACCCACUGACGGAGGCUCGAGUGCCAGGUUCUGUGGGGACCCCAUUGCCAGGAGUGGAAGUACGCAUCAUCUCAGAAAACCCGCAGAAGGGCUCCCCCUACACCAUCCAUGCAGAGGGAAAUGAGAGGGGGACAAAGGUGACCCCAGGGUUUGAGGAAAAGGAAGGGGAGCUGCUAGUUAGAGGGCCCUCUGUGUUUCGGGAAUACUGGGAUAAGCCCGAAGAAACGAAAAGUGCUUUCACUUCAGAUGGCUGGUUCAGAACAGGAGACACCGCCGUGUUCAAGGAUGAUAGGUACUGGAUCCGAGGGCGUACAUCAGUGGACAUCAUCAAGACUGGAGGCUAUAAAGUCAGUGCCCUGGAGAUCGAGCGGCACCUGCUGGCCCACCCCAGCAUCACAGAUGUCGCUAUAAUUGGAGUUCCGGAUCUGACAUGGGGCCAGCGGGUCACAGCUGUGGUAGUUCUUCAAGAAGGACAUUCAUUGUCCCACAGGGAUCUCAAGGAGUGGGCCAGAGGUGUCCUGGCCCCCUAUGCUGUGCCCUCAGAGCUCCUACUGGUGGAAGAGAUCCCACGGAACCAGAUGGGCAAGGUGAAUAAGAAGGAGCUGCUCAGGCAGUUCUACCCCUCGUGACAGAAGAGCCAGCCAGGCCAAGGCUAGAGAACAGCAACCACCCCUGGCAGUCAUGUGCUGUGGGCCUUGAAGCAGGUCCAGAGGCCCUCAAAUGGAAUCCCCCCUGCAAUCAGGUUGACCAGAAUCAAAACCACUAGAUGAAUCACCAAGUGAGCUUCCCCAACCCUAGGCUGAUUGUCCGAACUCAGGUGACCCUGAGCACUGGCUGUGUCCUCAGUGGUCCUUGAGAUCACUGGUGUGUGCCAGUCUCACAAGCACAGUAAGGACAUGGCUGUGGCCAGUGUAUGGCCAGCUCUUCAAUGUCCAAGGCUGCUGCCUCUCCUGAGGGCAGGUCCCAAGAGUCUGAGAUGACAGUGAGAAGAGAAGUAAAAUAAAGACACACGAUCUGUGUCUGUGCUUGCUUCUGACUGUGACCUAUGAGUCGUGUGUCUGCCUGCACACUUUUCCUACAGCCAUUACAGCUCCCAGCCACAUAGGCCACUGAACAACAGCACUGGAUAGAGCCUACAGCACCCAGACCAGGAUUCCUGCUGCUGGAACUGCCGCCCUCGAACUGCUGUAUGUGCGGUACAUUUGAAGUCCUUGUAGACACCCAGGGCCAACCCCAAAUGACCCUGAAGCAUCUCUUCCC